GCUUACUAGAGACCUCCUCCAGAGCUCUUUGGACUUGUCGGAGCAGCUCGCUCUCGCUCUCUCUCUUCCCCAACUCUGACCACCACCUAUGGAGAAAUCCUCUCUCCGGCGCUGCUUAAACCACCCAAAUACUCGGAUUGAGCUUCGCGAUUGCAGUCCAAGAUAACCGGGUAUGAAAUUCCCCCUUCUGUGGUUGCGGUUUAGUCGUUCUUGAUUGGUCUUGUUCUCUAAAGUCGCAAUCGGUGGACGCCUCGCAAUCUUCGCGUGAAAUCAAUUCUGGGUUUUGGUUCAUCUUGAGCGACAUCUGUUGUUGGGUACGCGAUGGUGCCUCCUAGAAGGAAGAAGUGGACCGAGGCUGAGGAGAGGACGCUAAUCGACAAAUACGAAGAGCUGUUCUCGUGCGGGACGCUCGCGAAAAUGCGAACUCGCGAGAAGAAGUUCAAACCCAUCGCUUGCCAUGUGAAUUCCGCGCACCACGCCCGCGACCCCAUCGCUUAUCCAUGGCAUUGGACGUGGAAGGAUGUGUCGACCAAGGUGCAGAAUAUGCGCCACCAGUAUUUGCUUGUCAAGCAAAAGAUCAGGAGGCCGCUCGAAUCGGCCAAGAGUAUAGGCGGCGAGGGUGCAGUUGAGGAGUUUGAUUGGAUGGAGGGGCUUACCCAUUGGUCGAAUUUUUUGAGGUACAAGGAGGUGUUUGGGGAUGUGCCCAUCAUGUGCACUGGCGAUGGGGUCAAUCAUUCGAUGGUGGCUCUGGAUGAGGCUGACCAUGAUGAGGUAUUUGUUGGUAAUCAACAGGAAAUGGAGACGGUGGGAUUUGGUCAAACGAGCCAUAUGGGUAGCGGUGAUGUCGGGACAGGGCUUGAUCGAAGUGACGGUGGCCCGUUAUUUAUGGGUUUUGAUUAUGAUGAUGAAGAAGCGGAAAGGAACUAUAGUGGGAGGGACGCGAUUAGAGAGGAGGGAGAUGGUGGCUUUGUCGCUGAGACGGCGGAUCCAAAUGGUUCUAUGAUGAGAAGGAAAGCGAAGCUGCCGAGGGGAUUGGAGAAAAAGUCAUGGGCCUUUAUCUCUAAACACUUGGUUCAAUUGAGGGAGAUUGAGGCUCGAUUUGAGCAGCGUGACAAGGAAAGAGAACGAGAAAGGCUAAGAAGGCAGAAUCUUUCGAUGGAAUCAGGACGAGAGCGGGAGAGAAAACUUGAAGAGAGAGAAAGGGAAAAGGAAGAGACAGAGAUUAUCAGGGAGGAGUCAAGGAGGCAGAUGAUUCAAGAAUGGGAUAGUCUUUUGAAGGAUAGUGAAGAGAGGGAAAAAAGAAGAAGAGAGGAGCAGUUAAUUGAGGAGAGGGAAUGGGAGGAGAGGCUUAACAUGAGGAGGUUAGAAUGGAGGAAGAGGAUCGAUGAACAGCUUAGUCAGCAUAGGUUAGAGAUGGAGCAGAUCCAGACACGUAUUCUUCAUGAGCAACAGAAUCUUACCAGUCAGUUGCUUGGGAUUAUUUCUCAGUGGACUGGCCAUCCGGCUGAGCUAUCCAACCAUGCAAAUGCUGGCAACCAUUAUCUUUCACCGGUGAUGCAGAACAUGCACCGUGUGAAUAGUAUGCUUCAUGGUGACACAAGAGUUGAUGAAGAUAAUCCAGAUGACGAAUUCAUUGUUGAUGGGUGAUUGUAAAUCUUGCCUAGUUAUCCCAUGCUUGUCUGUGGAGAUAUUCACUAUCAUGAAAGGCUCAUGCCUGCCCAAUUCAGGAGGGAUGUGCAUCCUGUGCGCAGGAAUAGCCCUUCUUUGCCGUUUCAAUAUAUCAUUCAUCAAGCCCACAUAAUCAGAAAAGAAGUAAGCUAUGUCGGUUAUGUCAUCACCAACUUAAUGGGGUAAGUGCAGCUUGGUUCUAUUGUCUAUGCGCUUGAUGCUAUUGCAUGUGAGUUCAGUUGACAUCCUCAAUUCGUUGGUUUCUUGUGAUCUUUUGAAAUGUUGAGGUGGCUCUUUAUCUGCCAUGGCUGAAUAUGUUGGAGCAAAUGGACUCAUUGAAUCGGUCUCUUGUGUGUUCCUGGCCUUUUGUAUCCAUGACGUCGUACUCUGUUUCAUUUGGGUUUCUGUGAUGGUUUGUCAUGGCUUUUCUGGAAACAUCUUACUUCUAUUGAUCUGACUUUUAAUGCUGGAUUUGAAGCUUCUUACUGAUAUCAUAUGCUGGAAAGAGCCAUUAAACUUACCGGCAUGAAGCUCCUUAUGAUAUUUGCGUUUCAAGACUUGUUUCUUAGUAUUAUUUGGUUGGUCAAUUUCCAAUUUCUAAAUUCUGCUUUCUGUAUCUGCAUGUGCUAUUAUUAUUUUUGGUAAAGGUCUCCACAUGGCAUAUGCUUUUGUUGCAUGGGAAACAAGAACAGCAUUUCCUUGGUGGACCAAAACUGGUUUGAAGUACUAUUGUCAAUCUUUUUAUUUCCAGAUUGCAUUCGUAUAAGACUCAUGGCAGAAGUACCCCAUAGUAGAUGUAGUUAUGUGUGUCGACAUAAUAUGAAGCACACGUAGUUUGGUUGGAUAGCUCUCCAAAUUGAAAGCUUUCCAUCCCCAAAUUCGAAUGUGGUCCCAUCUCCAAAUUGAACGAAUCAUAGUUUAUAGAUUGGAAAAUUUUCAAUAGUCAUUCCUAUUCUCUAUAGGCUGAUCAACAUUUUACUUAUAAGUGAUUGGCUUGCUUUUCCCGCUCAGCUUGCUUUUCCAUAGUAACAGUACAGUUGCAUAGCUUUUGCGACAAUCUUUGACAAACCCGUCACUAUAUGUUGCUUUCAUCCCACUAGUCUUUUUGUGUAUAUUAAAUGUUAAUUGGUCCCAAGUCAUCGGUAAAGUUGAUAUAGUGACGACUUUAUCAAACACUGAAGAGAUUUUUUUUUAAUUAAAGAAUAGGAUGAAAGAAAGAACAUAGAAAGAAACACUAGAUAUAUAUCGUUUUAGAAUGCUUCUUGAAUAAACUAAAGCAGAGUCCAAUGUUGGUUGGGUGGGACGGGACCUGGUCAAUGUUCUGUCUUGUUCCGCUAGAGAUAUGUCCUGAGGACGCUUCUUGAUUCCUGUCCUAUUGUUUUUUUUUUAAUUACCGUUUGAAGCGUGACUUGAAGGGAAUAAUUCAGAGCAACGAAAGGAACAUGUCUUACAGAAACUUAUCUCCUCCGUGAAGAGACAAUUUGCCAAAACAAAUCGAGUCUUGACCACGUACUACGGAAGAGUUUCGGGAGGUGCUCCCGAUCCCUAGAGUCAAAGAGAG